AUGACUUUAUCUUCAAGUUUUCGAUUUUUACUAUUUAUCGUUAUCUCGGUUCUUUUUACAAAUGCUCAUGAACAUCAUGAAACGAACGAAACUACUGACGGUGACGCUACCUUGGAACCUAUCGAUGGAAUUCUUUUGGCCCAUAUUGUUUCAAUGUUCUUAGCUUUUGCCAUAAUAUUUCCUACUGGUAUGGUACUGGGCCUUAGUCAAUCUCGUUGGCAUGUUCCUGUGCAGAUAGCCGGUUCUAUUUUCACCACAAUUGGUUAUUUUCUUGGUCAUGCACAUGGUGGAAGGGAAUUUUCUAGUAAUAACAUUCAUAGUUUGUUUGCUCCUUACCUCAUCUAUCUUCUAAUAUGUCAAGUUGGUGUUGGUGCUUAUCUAAAACUACAUUUAACAAGUGGUCCCAACAAAUGGUUUAGACCUUUAUCCAAAAAAUUUCAUAAACUUGUUGGUAUAGCUAUACCUGUUAUAGGUUACAUACAAAUGGUGUUUGGUGUGAUAACUACUAAUGUAUGGUGCAGGGGUGAAAAUUUAGUACAGUGUCUUGCACAUUUCAUUAUGGGUUCUUCGUUUAUAGCAUAUGGUAUCUUCUUAAUUUUGAUGUUAAGACUUGCUUCCGGAUGGCUACAACGUAAAGGGAAAUCUCAAGAUUAUUAUGACAGUUGGAUGAUUAUGACUUGGGGAUUUGUAAACACUUUCACUGAACAUAGAGGCAAU